AUGCGAGUUUUCGUGGUUUUUCUACCACUUUUAGCGGUGUUUUGGAGCGAGGGGCUCUGGAGGAAAACUGAAACAUUCAGGGAGACGCCGAAGAUAAAAUUCAAUGGGGAUUUUGUGAUUUUCGGAUAUGGUAAGCAAUUAGGCCACGCCCAUUUUCGGGAAAAAAAUUAAAUUCAAAAAUUUGCAGCCUCCGACACUUUGCUGAUCUCUUCCACUUAUCCAAUUCUCAACUCGGCGGCUGGCGAAAAAUUCGCACCUGCGAAAGUCGCGCACACCUUCGGCGACUCUUCAAUCGCAAUUUCUCUCGAAAUCGCGACUACCAAGAAUAUCACCGUGUCUAGUUUGACCUAUGCUAUACUUUUCGACUUCGAACUGGAAGAUUUCGCGGGCUCCGAAGUCUGCGUCUCCGACACAAUCACACUAUCUCGCUCGACAAUUCGAACAAUCCAAAAAAGCGCGCAAAUCCGACUCGAUCAAUCGCGCCCCAUUGAGAAUUGGCGGGAGGAUGUGCUUUUCAAAUUGAUCAAUUCAUCGCGUCAAGACCCAAAAUACUACAGUAUGCUAGAAAUUCAAAAUCGUGUGGUUCAAGAUGCCACGUGGCACAUGGAAAUGCAACGAAAAUCGAUAAUUUAUCUGGAGAAACCUUCUGGUGCAAAUUUCGAAAUUUCGUGGAAAUUCUCAAUUCCAGAGAUGGAAUUCACGUAUAAAAGUGGAUUUUGGCAUUUGGCCAAGUGGGCGUGGCUUCAAUAUUUAUCGAUUUAUCUGAUUUUCUAUUGGAUUUUCCAGCGGAUUCAUCGAUUUUUGUUUGAGAAUCAUGUAUUUUUCACGACGUGUUGUGUGAAAAAAUGA